AGCUAGGAGUGACGACCUUUCUCUUGGGCAGAUGGGCCAGCUUUAAAACCUCCUGUGACACACGUUGUCUGCACCAAACACAGCCUGGUACAAGCGUCGUUCCUGAGUCACGCAGUGCUGAGGGGGGGGGGGCAGGAGUGUCACCAGGGGUCAGGCGCGGUUCUGGGUUCGGGCAGCUCUGGGUGGCUUUUCCUCUGGGGGUUCUGUCACAUGCUGUUGAUCCUGUUAAUAAUGCGAAUAAUUUCAAGUAGUCAUAAAAAGUAGCAACGAGGCCAUGAAAGAAACACAUGGCGGUUCAGUGCAUCUGUGACCCGCCCUGUGCUGCGUACGCCCUCAGGUCAAUGAGACUUUAUUGGCACAACAAACUUUCCAGGUAUUGCCAAAGGGUAGGAGAGUCAGAGCCUUCCAGAAUCUGUUUCGGGCAGGUGUGACCUGCCCGCUGUGGGGUGUGCGCCCCACUGGAGAGCUAAUCCCCUCUGCCCGCUUGUCAUUAUGUUCAUUAAUGGGUUGGUACAUAGUGCUAGGCCAUCCCGAUCUUCUGGCUCCUGUCUCCCCAGGUCGGGCAGUUUUUCCACAUUGCCCUUUGAAUAGACAUCUCUUCUGCUGCUGGAUAAUCGGUGGAGAGAUUUUUCUCACAUUUCAUUGUACUCUAGACACUGAGGAGAAAGUGAAUCUGUCCCACUGGCUGCACAGUCUCUUCUCUCUGGGUUCAGACUGUGCUUUGUAACGGCCAGUCUCCCCCGCAUGGAGCCUGCCUUAGCUGUGAACGCUUCACUGCAGAGUGUCCAGCGUUGGUUUUCAAGGAAUUUGGACCUAUUGGAAGCUCCUACUACCCUAAUGCCAUGAAUAUUGAGGUGAACAAUGUGGAAGAAAAAGCUGUCCACUCUUGGUCAAGAAUCUCUUCUGCGGGACAGAAAGCCCUGGAGGAAGCCCUCCGAGUCUUCAACCCCAUGUCCAAGGACCUUUCAGACACCGAGACCCAGCUGGUGGCCUUUCUCCAAGGCCUCAAGGAGGAAGGCCACCAGCCCACAAUCUUAAGGAGCAAGGAUGUGUAUGGGUACAGCUCCUGCACGGCGGCUACUCCCAGCCAGACACACGAGAGCACACAAGACAGUUCAAGCACCGGCGCUGCUGUCUCUGACUGUAAAGCUCCGGUUAGAAGCCCUGCAGUGACAGCAGAGAUGCCUGGGACACUUGCGGGGGUUUCAGUCCGCUCUCCUAACGUCCGCACCAAGCCUGUCUCGAAAGGUAGUUCCACAAACCUGCUGCUGAACUCAUUGAAAGAGACACGGUCAGGCACAUCGAAGGCCUCCGCAAUGGGCUUCCCAGCUAAUAUGUACCCUGACGUGUAUCCAGCCAUGAGACUCUCUGUCGUUCUGGAAGCCUUGGUCCCACUGAAAGCCACAGCAUCCUGUUUGGAGUCCAAAUUCAAACCAGGGCAUCUUGGAAUCUCCCCCUCGGACCUGAAGCUCCUCAAGGCAUCGGGUGCCUCGAGGCAGAACGCUAAGCUACCCUCGGGGCAGUUAGACCCCAAAGGCUAUAAACACGUAGUUAAGAAAGCGCCAGAAUCUCCCGCUCUAGCUGUAACACUUCUGAAGGGAACUAAAGGUGGGGUGCUAAAGGAGAGUAAUGCUUGCAAAGCAUCUGGAAUCCUGAAUGGCAGGAUUACAGGUAGCUCAUCUCAGUGUUGCAGUGGGGGGUCACAGUCCAAGGCCUUUAAAAAUAAAGCCAAGGAAGUUCCAGUGGGGAGAACUGAAUGGAAAGACAGCAGUAGUCAGGAACCUGUUGGGCAGAAAAGGAAAAGAGCCGAGGAGGCGAAAGAAGCACCACAGAAGAAGAAGAAAAAUGCCAUGAAUAAACCUGAACUAGGUCAGAGCACUUUGAACCUGCUGAGAUCCCGGGCCAUUAAGGUGGACAGCUCGUCAUCAGACGAUGAAGUGAGGCGGAGAGCACAGAAGAUCCUUAGGGUUAACCUGUCCCCUGUGAUCAAAAUUCAGCCAUUGUCCCCCUCUCACAAUGUCCCCUGAGUUCCUUCCUUCCUUUUGUCACUUUUCUCUUAAAUACAUAAGUGUGAACCAGCUGCCAGGCUGUGGAAACAUGCAAGAGCCACUUCCAUUCUCUAGUGUCCGGCAACAGUAUCACACCCGGUACCUGCAGACUUUGGGCAGCUUGCUCCACGGCUGUUGCUGGCUGCCUGGUGACAUUCUGCAGAGUUGGACUGCACGAGUACAAACCCAUGUUUAGAAAUACAGGACAAUGACUCCCAGCCCCUGUGGUGAGCUGAGCGAAGCCAGGUGCUAGCGUUCUGUGCUGUGCUUUUCUGAACGUGGUGGAGCGUACGUCUGUGCAGUGGGGAGCGCGUGACUUUCUCAUGACGUUCAUGCACUGUGAUAUUUUGUUCUUUUUCAAGCUGUACAUUUAUUGGUUUUAUUUUGAUCAAAUUUUAUAACUUUAUUAUAUAUCUAUAUAUCUAUACACACACAAUGCCCUGGCACUGUCUGAAGACACGUUUCCUCCACCCCUCUGGAUUUUGGUUCCAUAGCCUUUUUUUUUUACCUGCCCGUCAGUCGGUUUUUUGUCGAAAGGUGCCAGGGUUUCUUUCCCAUCAUCAGUGUUGUUACCCGUCUGUUCUGGGCUCUCUUGAGAAGCUCAGAAGCAGGCAGAAUUAUAGCCACACAUUUGUCUCUGGAAACACCAUGCCGGAUGGAGACUUUCCAGCUCGUAGUUGAGUUUAGGUCUAUCCUGUUCAGAUGACCUCUUCAAAGAAAAUGGAAAGUAGGGGAGGGCUGAUGGGGCUGUUAGCGCUGAGUCUGUCUGACGGCUUUCUGGGUGCCGCCCACCUUUCGCUAUUAGCAGAAACACUAAACGCUUCCUGCGGGUUUGCUUCCAAAGAGCGCCACGGGAAAGGUGCUGUUAUGCCCUGUUUGUUAACUUAAAAAAUGAAUUUGUGGCUGGUUGUCGACCCAAGAUCUGGGGCUGCCAGUCCGCGGAUACUUGUUAUUUCCUGGCCAGACUGUCACCACUUGCGUGCUGCUGAACAUUGCAGUGACUUUCGGGUUAGGUGGAGAACUCGCCCACUGUGAUUCUGAAUGUAUCGAGUGUUUGCUAACGUUCUGCUGGCUCCAGUGGAAUGGUGUGGAUGAGAACCAGAGCGCAGCAGCAGCAGGUUCAUAAAACGAGUUUCCAGCAAUUUUUUUAACAUUUCAAGAGAAUACAGUAUUAGUUUCCAGGGAGUGGUUUGCGCGGGGUUAAGCCACUGUAUAUUUAUUUCUCAUCCUGGAUUUCAGAUUUGCCAGCUCUUCUGGGAUUUUAGGGUGGUGAUCUGCUGCAGAGUAUAAAAUCUUUCUCUGCAUAGAGUCUCCGUGCUUAGUUCUGUGUUCAGGGGAUCAUGAGAAAUCAAGGGGUAGGUGCCUCCUUCCCUCCUCACUGGGAGAGUCUGGCAGGUACCAGCUGGGAAUAUGCUAAUCGCACUUGCAGUUGCAUUGCUGGGUGUGAUCUGAGGGCAGAGCCUUCGCUGGUUACAGUUGGUUCUGCCUUUUGCUGUUGGAAGGGGAUUGCCAAUUGCAUGUGAACUAUUGUAAAAUUCCAGCUGUCAGUGCUGGAGGGGGUGUGAGCAUCGCCCUGCACAGAGAGACAGCCUUCCUCAUCUCACACUUGACGAGCAGGGAGUCUUGAUCCAGAGACCAUCAAAACUGAAAGGGACAUUCUCCCCCCUUCUCCGGAGGAGAGUUGAUCCAAAGUGCUGAGGCUGUUUGUGGGAGGUCCCCACCUCUCGUUCCUGGGAAUGUGUCUCCUCUCCUCCAGGAGGCCCUGGGUUGUUAACACACACGCACGCCAGAAGGUCGCAGCUUUGCUGCAGGCAGGGACAAGCUGGGCAUCCAGUGAGGGAGCAGCCUGUUCAGCUCUUUCCUGUAGUGCAUAGGCCGCAGCGGGGGUGUCAGAGACACUCCUCUGCCUGCAGCACCAACUGGACGCUGGGGCCUGAUUUCCCUUUCCCUUGUGCCAGUGAAAUCAGGCUUUUCCAGCUCCCCCAGCCCACAGCCUUCUGCCAGCUGAUGCCUAGAGCACCUUCCGGGAGGUUGGGAUAGGUUGGCUCUGGGGGCUCCCAUGUGCUGCGUGUUACCGUGGAUUCAGCCACCCCAGGCCAUCGAGUGCAGUGUCCCACCUGGCGUAGCAGCUCAAACCGUUGGCUGGCUCUGCUGAUCUGCUCUUCCACUUCACACGGCGGCUCACAGCUGUUGCUUCCGUGGAAAGCCAGCACCUGGCAAUCUGUGGAGCACCCUCCCAGCCCCACAGCAGUCACUCUGUCGUGAGUUGCUAGCUGCUAAUGCCAUUGCUGGCCAGGUGCUCACUCCACCGUAGUGCGUGCCCUUCAGUGGCUGCCCCGGGUUGGCUAUAGGAUGGAAAUGUUUCCUUUUCACUCUUUGUUUUCACAGUCCUUGUGUUUCAAUUUUGCAAAGUGUUCCCAUUGCAGGAGUGGCACUGGGUGAGCAGGGGCUGUUUGAUCACUUACCAGACCCUGGCUCGUCUUUCCCAUUUCCCUCCCUUCCCUCUGCUCAGCUCCUUCCCCGUUUUUCAAGCAGGCUGAGAAAUAACCUGCCCUCCAGUGGAUCUUCCCAGUCCUGAGCGGGCUCUGGGUCGCUGCCUUACCCAGUGCUUCAUUCCUCCUUUUCUCUCCUCUCUAAAGACAGGUUUCAGAGGAGCAGCUGUGUUAGUCUGUAUCCGCAAAAAGAAAAGUACUUGUGGCACCUUAGAGACUAACCCAUUUGUUUGAGCAUAAGCUUUCGUGAGCUACAGCUCACUUCAUCAGAUGCAUUCAGUGGAAAAUACAGUGAGGAGAUUUAUAUACACAGAGAACAUGAAAAAAUGGGUCUUAUCAUACACAUUGUAAGGAGAGGUUUCAGAGUAGCAGCCGUGUUAGUCUGUAUUCGCAAAAAGAAAAGGACUUGUGGCACCUUAGAGACUAACCCAUUUAUUUGAGCAUAAGCUUUCGUGAGCUACAGCUCACUCUCCACUGAAUGCCUCCGUUGCAGUGAGCUGCAGCCCACGGAAGCUGAUGCUCAGAUAAAUGGGUUGGUCACUACGGUGCCACAAGGCCUCCUGUUCUCUGCUAUAAAGGCACUGAAGGGUUAUUUCCUGUUUUAGCCUUAGCUUCACUCACCGUGCAGAUUAGGAACCUGCGGAGGUGAGUCCAGCUCCCAUUGAAGCCAAUGAGAAAUGCACCUGCUUAUACCCAGGGCUGAAUCCAGGCCUAGGUCCUCUCUCUAUAGGUGAGUAGCUGUGUGUUACCCCCUGCAGCACUGCUGCCUGCCUCCCCACAUCACUCAGCUCCCGAAAUCUUUGCCAUGUCCCUGAGGCAGCUCAUGCUUCUCUCCCCCACUGUGACUGCACACGUCAAACGGGGCUUGUUGCCUCCACACUCCUGAGCCUCCCCGCUCAUUGCUUCAGAGUUCCGACAGUGUGUGGAAAAGGCGUCCACACAGGUUCCUGGGAGAGCUGGAGGUCGCUGUGGCUCUCCGCUUGGUUCGUGUGCCACUAGUCGGUUGUGUGUGUCAGCGAUAGGCACUGAAAUACAUUCUUCCUGCCCAGAAUCCAGCAGGGCAGGUGUCUGAGCUCGCGAGGGUCUUCGUGGGCAGAGAUGGCAGUGCAGUGGGGUGUUCAGGGGCUUGGUCCAGUGCAGGUGGGGAAUGCAGAUACCCCACUCGCCAACCCCUUCCCUUCAUUGUUUCAAGGGGGGGUGCAGACAGAAUGCAGCUCCAUGCCACGGGUUGUUACUGUGAUAGCCCCUGGAGACCUGUCUGCGCGGAGCCCCCUUGUGAGGGUGCUGCCCAGACAGUACUGGAGUUGAGGGUAUGGGCUCUUCCCUCCCGCCAUCGCUCAGGAGAGGAGGCAUGGCCUUUUACAGCUGUGUUCUGUGCCCUUAGGCCUGGGGAUAAUCCUUUCCUGCCCAUGGGGGCUGGGUUGGCACAGAGGUGUAAGGGCCUGUAGGAUCCUUCUUACUAAUUGAUUGGCAUUUUGGGCAGUCCCGAAAUGUGUACACAGCCAGGGAGGUGGGGCGGCCACAGGGUCAUAUCUGGAACCGAGCCAGUAAAUGCAGAGUGCGUUGCCCUGCAGAGCUCGGCACGGGUUGUUUUCAGUCUGUUUUGUAUAGGUCCUCCAAGUGCCUAGUCUGGCGGUGCUGUUCCUGGGUGCAGGCAAAGCCGCGUGCUCAGCACUGUUUGUACUGUGUGGGUUAAUGCUACCAGCGUUCUCAUGAGGGCUGCCGAGGGGUGUCCGUAACCACGUUCCGGGGUCUCUGACUUACCUGCCAGCCAGGAGUCAGAGUUCGUGUUUCACCCGCCUGAGUUGGCUGCACCAGUCACAAGUGACCCAGGACAGGGGCCCCUGCGCUUCCUCCUUUGUGGUAGGUGUUAGUGAGGCCAUCCGUUCUUGCAGGGAAAGCAGCUACCUGAGCAUGUGUCUGCGCAGGUCAGUGAAGGGGGGGCGGGGGUCUGAUUUUCAGACGUUCGGUUGAAAAUCUGCUGUUAAUGAGCAGAAGUGAAAUUUUAAGGCAAACGUGUGUUGUGACCAGGCUGCAUCUUCCUGCCUCUAGUUCCAAUGAGAGGAAUUUCUCCUUUGCUCCCUCUCUGCAAACCAUGUUGUAUAGUGUCGCUGGCAGAGACCUGCUGUGUGCUCCACCCCAGAGGUGGCUGCAGGAGUGACCCUGGUAUGUAAUCUCUAGAGCACUUUGCUGUGCAAAACGAAGGGAUGAUUUUGUAACUAUUUCAGUUGUGUAGCCCACCCUGUAGCGUGCCGUGUCCUGACCCUGUUGGUGGCUGGAGGGGAGGCGUCCGUGGAGUGGUGGUUAGUGGCUGAGCACUAGCAGAGUGCGUGUAAAUGGCCGUUGUCUGAACGCUUCUCAGAACAGGCCCUUGAUGAAGGUGACGCUUCAGGCUGGAUUGAUCUGUCUUUGCCCUACAUUCCAGGAUGUACCAGCUCGGCUCCUGACACCCCACUCAGUGCCUCGCUCUCCCUGGAGAGAUCUCGCCUUGGUACAAAUCCGGACUGUUACAUGCAUUUGUUUGGCUGGGUUUCUGGUUCUUCCUGGUGGGCUCGAGGGGGAUGGCUGGCAAACACCUCUUCUGUUGGUCUGGUUUAUCUCAGUGACAGCAUUGGCUUUGUGGCCCAGCUGCUGGGUGCCGUGCUGUGCCCAGAGCGAAGUAAAUCGUGGCCCCGGGGAAAUGAGCUUGUGUGCACCCCAGAGAAGGCAGAGGGGAAAGCAGCGUGGGCAGGAGGUACCGGUCAGUGUUAGCUGCGUGAGGUAAACAGGGCUAAGCAGUGCUGUGGCGGGGCUCUUCCUCCCGAGCAUUCUCCAGCACUUCCUCCUGGGUGCCGGAGACUGCACCUUCAGUCACAAACAGUGCUCGAGAGGCGUCUCCCCGGCCCAGCCUGAAGGUGGGAACGGGCACUUGGGGAGACCCUGUGCAUAUUUGUCUGAGCAUAGAAAUAAGCAGCAUUGUAGGCCCUUCGCUUCGGGGUGUGAGGGUCUGAUCCAGGAGCUGUGCCAGCCCGGGGGGCUGCAAGUUUGAAAUCUAGUCAGUGGGAGUCCUGUGCCAAGUGUGGUUUCCCAUAACAGGCUCCUGCUUUAGUGUUUUCUCUCCCCAGCGGGUGUAUGAAAACCCCCACGAACCGGGACAGCCGCUGCCUGGACGCCGAGUGCAGGCCAUGCACACGGUCCAUGCCUGUGGAAAGAGGAAAAUGUUUUCUUCUCCCCUCUCUGUAGCACUGCGGGGGGGACUCUCCAUUCACCAGCACAAGCCUUAUUUCCUGGAGAAGUGAGUGUUCAUUGUGCAGGAUUUAAAGUGAUGCUGAUGUCUGGGACCCCUGUGGUCUGGGGGAGAUGCCUUCCAGCAGCUAGAGACUACGCCCUAUGGCAGAUUGUCCCCUACCCCACUGUUCCUCUUCCCCUUGGGUGCCGCCGUGUCUCUUGCUGAGCUGUGCUGGACGGGUCCGAGGGGCCGUGACUGCUGGUGAGGGAGAGGAGCACAGUGCACCGUGCCGGCUUGCAGAAGGGGCUGACUGUGGUGCCCCUAGGAGGUGCUCAGCCUUGGCUGGGAGGGCAAAGCACCAACCUCUGGGUCUGUGUGUGUAACAGCAGCUUACAAAGCCGGCGCCCUGGCCCUGAGCUCUGCUAGUGCAGUGCCCAGUGCUGCCGAGGGGGAGGAGCUGGGAUUAAGGGAAACCCAAAGAAGCCGGCUGUGUGUGGCUGGCAGGCCUGUUUGGCUUCUGUACAUGGCGUGUGCUUCUGGGGGAUUGAGCUCAGUGAAGGCUGUGGAGCACCAGAGAGCUCUCAGAUGCGUAGCCCUUUCCAGACAGUUUUCCCUUGAGUGGAUCGGGCCUUGUGGGCUCUGGGCUGUGCCGUGGAGGGGCGGCUGGGGGCAUUGCUCAGGUUUGGGUUCCGUCCUCACUUGCUUUGCAGCGGCAGGGGCGCUGAUGUGACUCUUGUCUCUGCAGCGCUCGUGGCCCAGAGCCCUGCCCGGGCGGUGCCGAUCCUUCCGAUCGACAGCAUGAGAAGGAGGAGCGCAUCUCGUCCGAGCAUGAGCAUCCAAAGGAAGUUCCCCGAAGGCGGCAAUUAGCCCUUGCCCUGAGGAGUCCCUCAAAGGCCUUAUUAUCCCCAAGCCUAUCCCUCUUGUGGUGUCUUAAUGAUCCCGUUCAGUUCCUGUAGCAGCGCACAGGUCUCCACGGAGGGCGUCUGGGGCCUUCCCAGGGGCAAAGCCGGGUGCGCAGUGCUGCAGUGACAGAGAAGGCGCCGUACAGCCCCAGCCUUGUCCUAACCACCUCUCCCGACCCCAGGGGCACAGACGGGAAUACAGAGCACUGGGAAAUACGCCUCCUGCCACAGCUCGCAAGGGACGCCAGUUGGCACCUGGAGUUUACCAAGCGGUGCAGUUAGUGUCGUGUCUGGAGAGACACUGGCAUCCCCUCUGCCUGUAGUGUCCUGCUGCAGCGUGUCCGAUGGGCGCUAUUCACAGAGCCGUGGGCUAGCGGGACACGGGGAGACUCUGCUGCCCGUGAGCUGGGAACUGUUCUUCAUUGCCCAGCAGCCUUGGGAGAGAACUGGUCUCCUUCCGUUGCUGCAGCGUGACUAGCCUGCUUCUGCUUGGACUGGAGCCACCAGCUUUGCCAUGGAUCUUCUCUUUGGGUGUGAAUUCAACAGCCCUGUACCAGCAGAGUGCUAGUCCCCAGAGCGAGCGGGCCUUUUCCUGCGAGCGGGUUUUGUCCCGGGCCUGCCGCCCCUGCUGUCAGCCUGGGAGCGGGAUCGCCUGCAGGAGGGACCCCAAGUGCUGCUUGUGUUGUGAAUCUGAAACAACUGGCCCCCUUGUGCUGGGAGUGAACUUUCUACCCUUUGGGGUGUGUGUGGAGUGUUUCUGCCGCGCGGGCAGUGGUUUGCUGGGCUCGCUGUGUAUCUUCGGAAGGCUGUUCAGUGAAGGGCAGUGGUCGUGUUGUCCCACUCUUAUGAGGCAACUGGCCAGAACCAAACUGUCUCUUUUUCUUAAAUGAACUUUUUGUUAUGAAAUGCGAGCAGGCGAUCUGGCCCUGCCGUCCUUCAGUAAAAUGGUGCUUCAGAACCCA